CCUGCAAUUUCUGGAGUGCUUUGUGGUGUUGGCAGUUUAGAUAGCAUAUCCACAUGAUAUAGUUUGUUUUGUCCUGAAGUGCUGGGAUGUGAAAUUUACAUGGCUGUUGACCCCUUGGGACUGCUCUGAAAUGAGGUGUGUAUCUUGUGCAAUCCUAGUCAGCAAAAAUUAAAAUAAAAAUAAAUCCACUGUCAGAAGCCCUUGUGCUGGCCUGGCAGGAGGUAUGAAAUAGUACCCGGUGCUUGAUAAUGGCCUGUUGGAGAAGGGUCUCUAGCACAAUGUGAUGUGACUUAGUGGAAUAACAAAUUAUGCAAAAUGUUUGCUGUUGUCAUGAUUAGGUAGUGAAUUGUUGGGCAGGGCCUGAUGUCUGCCAUGGGCUGAAGGCCAGACAACUAAAUACAGAAUAAAUCUUUAAUGAAAUUUGAGUGGUGAAUUCAAUUUAUCUUUUAAGACAAACAGAAGUUACAGCCUUUGUGUCCAAACAUGGAAAACUUUGUUAAAGUGAACUGAGAAUAAACUAAUAGAUCACUGCUUUGACUGUGGUUUUCAAGUGAUAAGUUUGUGGUGAUUUUUGCAUAUAAAAACUUCCCUUGGUAGUUCAGUAUAAAGUCUUAAAACCUUAGCCAGAGCAAUUUUAUGGCAGCAUUAACUCUUCAGCUACCCUUCUGCUGAAAUUUGCAAGUUAGCAAAGCACCUACUAUUUAGCAUGGUACCAAGUCAGGGUAACUGACUGCUGCCUAGAAUGUGUCCAAAAAAUUUGUUUUCCAAAGUAUUGUUUGUUUACUUUGGCUCUGAUUAUCUGUGUACACUGCAGAGAAUGAAAGUAUUUUGUUUCUCAGAACUGGCUUCUGCAAUGUGUUAGGGACUGAUUUGUUUGAGAUUUCUUUCUGCAUGCUGCACUGCUAUGGCUGUGUAGUAAUGUGGGUGCUUGAAAUGAAGCUUGACGUAAAAACUGAGAUUGUUUGAAGAGUGUCUUUCUUGAGAACAAUCUACUUUUUUGACAUGAAUCUUAUUUUUCAUCCUUGAUCCAACUACUGUUCUGAUAAAGAUUAUAAUUCUUGUUGAUGUUUGGAGAUGGUGAAGGUUUAGGGACUGAUAGUGCUACAGAAGUCUCACAGAAUCUUUUAUCAUGACAUUGAAUUAAUUUCCCAGUUUGCAUGUGUGUGGAGUUGUAUGUUGAAAUAUAAGAAGAAAUAACCUAAUUGCUUUCUCUUUGUAUUUCGAUUUGGUUAUCUUCUGCAGCUGGAGUACCAACUUGACAGUCUUCUGCAUUACUGUCACAAAAAUCCAGAAACUUGCAUCCAAAUUGGGGUUCACCGUGCUCCAUUGUACAGAGGACUCUAAGGCAAAAUGUAACGUAGUCCUGGUAACUUGAGGUAGUUGUCUUCCAACUUCCCACUAGGUGUUAGUAGCUCUUCUACCCAUUCUACAUUGACCUGCUUAAGAGAAGCAAAGCUGGAGUUGGAAGAAAAGAAAAAGCACUUGGAGGACGCACAGUAGUUGAGUGUAUGAAAGGGAUAUAUGUAAGAGAUUUUAACUGAUAUAGGCAUGUUUAUUGCUGCUAGUUUUGGGUGUUCUUUCUUCUUUGUUCCUUGUUAUCCCCCUCCAUUUGGUUCUCAGUUGUGGUGAGAUUUGCCCUUGCUUGAUUGCGAAUUUUCUCUCUCCAUCGCAUUCUGUUGAUGCAGGCAAUGACUUGGCUUUGCAGCCUUGCUGUCACUUUGCAGCUGUGCACCACGUUUGGUUGUUUUGGGCAGGCUUUCCUGACUCCUGCUCAAAGCUGGGGCUCGCUUUGAGAGGAGCUUCUUGACCCUUUGUACUUUGUGUAGUACCCGCCUCGCAGGCGGACUCUGGAGCCGUUGUGUGGAAUGCGUGUCUAAUGCGUUCCACUCGGACCUCAGUUCCAUUCCAUAAUGUUAGCUUUAAUUGGCUGGUUUUAAACUUUCAUGUACAAUUUGGUUGUACACGGUAAAUUACCACCCUCCUCGCCUUUUCCUAGGAGCACGAAAGUAGAAUCCAGACUCUGCUUUCCCGUGCUGCCUUUUGGUAUUGCCCUUGAGCUCUUUUAGGGACAGCACUGGUGGGUAGUGUUUCUGUCAGAGGACAGACUUCUUUUCUAGUGGGCUUUUUUUUAUGUCUAAUCUUCCAAAGACUGUACCCUUUAAGACUGUACAUUGUGUUGUAUUUUUGAACCGAGUUCUGCAUUUGAAAGUUUAAAAAGAAUUACUACUUCUUGCCCAAAGAAGUAUCUCUGGUUUAAUAACUGUUGCCUAACUCUUAGUGUGGCUAGAUAGCCAGUGUGCCCUCCAAGUGAUUUUUAUUUCCUUUUAAAUAUUCCUGUAUUUUAAUUUUCGUUACUUUGUUUGAGUGCACAAGGACAUCAGGGCAACAUCAAUGAUAUAACCAAGGCUGGUCUUUACUAUGUAAGAAUGCCUUUGUAGGUGCUUCUGAAGUGUCAGAAUGUGUGGCGUGGACAGAAUGAGAGUCUGUUACUAGACAGGUUUCAUCUAGGCUUAAAUACUUGAUUGGAGCAUCACCAGAGCUACUUUUGAGAAAGAUGAGUAGUUGAGUUACGUGAGGAAAAAAAUGGGCAGUGCUGCAUACAAAACAAAUUUUGCAGUUCAAACUCAAAACAGUGAUGAGUCUCUUGUUUGUACUUGGUAUGAAUGAGGUAAAACAAAGCCUGUCUUUAUUCUCCACAUCAGGCUUGUGAGCUCAUGUUUCGGCUUUUCCUUUCCCCUCCCUUUCUGACAUGGGCUCUUGUCUUUCUUUUCCUUGCUGAACAGACAGUAACUCUCCACAAUAUUUUUAAUCUCAACAAGAUGUCCAGUGGCUGAUGAUGCAAAAGUGUUGCAUCAACAAAGAGGGGAUGAUAGCUGGAGCAUUCCAGGUCUGACAUUUUUGGCUGAGGAGCUGUGUAUUGUGGCCACUGAUUCCUCCCGGCACAGCAUGCUUGCUUGGGGCAGGAGACUACUUUUCAUUGACUCCUGUUGUGUGACUCCCUGCUCCUUAUUUUAGGUUUCCCCAAGAAGUUAUGACUGGGAGUUUCAUGGUUUUAGAUGAAAGAGCCUGUUGUCUUACUGAAUUAUCUCCUUUCUGUCUAUAUUUAAACCAAGUUGGCAGGUAAAAAAAAAAAAAAAAGAUACUGUAAAACAAAAGCUCUCUUAUGGUAAUACCUGAGGCUAGAUUAGAAUAAAAGUGAAAGAAUUAUUUAAUAUUUUUUGUUUACAUAUGUUUGUUGAGGAUACUUGCUUACCUGUAGUCCAUUGGCACCCAGCAGUGGAGCCGACCUCAUUGCAUUGAGCUUAAAUGGGUUCCUGGGCCCUGGUGGGAGCUAACUCACAAAAAUUUUUCCACUGAAGUAGAUCAUGAGAACUAUUAGAUUAUUUGGAAUAGAAAAAUUAUUAUUAUGGAAUUUAAAAAUAAUACACAUUUGUAAUUAUGGCUGUUGAGUAGCCAUGUACUGUGCAAGUGCUUUUAUUCCUAAAUUUUUGGGAGAAAAAUUACUUUAAAGUGUAAAAGAAAUACUUUCAAUUUUUUUAAUGCUCUAGUGCAAUAUUUUAAGGUAGUAGCAUUUUUUACUGACUGAAGUGAACCCAGCUCAUGAAACUUUUCAUUCACUAAAAGUAUGGCUGAUGCUUUUUAAAACUGAGGACUUAAGAAUUUCCUCAUGACAGCUAAACUUCUUGAAACCACAUAAAAAUCUGCUUAUACCAUAAUUCAGCCUUGCAGCACUGCUUUUAUUGUGUGAAGAACCUAUCAGAAAUUGAUUUAUAAGCUUGUUGUUCCCUAGCUGUGCCUGUUUGUUAUGUAUCACUGUUCUUGUUCAUAGUCUGUGUUCCCUCACAGCAUCAAACCUUCAGCCAUCUCUGCAGCUGUAUCUUACACUCUUUCCAUCAGGUAAUACUUCCAGCCAUGAAGUUGUCCCCAGUUUAAUAAAGGUGCCCAGAUUAUCGAUUUAAUGAUGCUUGUGAUCGAUGUGACAAAGGGGAUGCAGACACAGUCAGCAGAGUGCUUGGUAAUUGGGCAAAUUGCCUGCCAGAAGAUGGUGGUAGUCCUGAACAAAAUAGAUCUCCUUCCAGAGGGGAAGAGACAGAGUGCCAUUGAGAAGAUGACUAAGAAAAUGCAGAAGACCUUGGAAAAUACCAAAUUCUCUGGGUGUCCUAUUGUUGCUGUUGCAGCAAAGCCUGGUGGACCAGAAGCCCCAGAGUCUGAGAAUCCACAGGGUAUUUCUGAACUAAUUGAGGUCUUGAAGUCUCAGGCUUACCUGCCAUCAAGAGACCCCUCAGGACACUUCCUUAUGGCAGUCGACCACUGUUUCUCUAUCAAGGGUCAAGGCACAGUGAUGACAGGGACUAUUCUUUCUGGCUCUGUUAGCCUUGGUGACAAUGUGGAGAUUCCUGCCCUGAAGGUGACAAAGAAGGUCAAGUCCAUGCAGAUGUUCCACACUCCUGUGACUUAUGCAAUGCAGGGUGACAGAGUAGGUGUCUGUGUGACCCAGUUUGAUCCCAAGCUGCUGGAACGAGGCCUGAUUUGCACUCCAGAUUCACUUCACACCAUCCAUGCUGCCAUCAUUUCCUUGAAGAAAAUUCAGUAUUUUCGAGGAGCUCUUCAGACUAAGGCCAAGUUCCACAUCACAGUCGGUCAUGAGACAGUUAUGGGAAGAGUGAUGUUUUUCAGUCCAGCCCCUGCUAACUUCAGUGAAGAAAUUCAAGAAAACGUUUUUGAUUUUGAAAAAGAUUAUCUUUAUCAAGAGCAAUAUUUGUCCAAGGACUCAGUUUCUUCAGAGGAGAACAAAGAAAAUGAUCAGGCAGGAGAAGUCCAGCUCCCAAAACAGCAGUGGGCUUUGCUGGAGUUUGAAAAACCAGUCACUUGUCCUAAACUGUGCCUUGUGAUUGGCUCUAAGCUGGAUACAGAUAUUCAUGCCAAUACCUGCAGGCUGGCAUUCCAUGGGGUACUGCUCCAAGGCAUGGAAGACAAGAACUACACAGAGACUUUCCUUCCAAAGCUGAAAGUGUACAAACAGAAGCACAAAGAAGGACAAGUGGAAAGGGUGAUGGAUGAUUACAGCGUGAUUGGUCGUUCAUUGUUUAAAAAGGAAACAAACAUCCAGAUUUUUGUGGGUCUGAAAGUGAAACUAUCUACAGGAGAAGAUGGAAUAAUAGAUGGUGGUUUUGGACAAAGUGGUAAAUUCAAAAUCCGAAUUCCAGAUGGGCUGAAGCCAGAUACCAAGAUGCUGCUAACUGCUGCCUCCAAGAAGAAAUCGAAGGGAGGGAAGGGGGAUAUGACCAAAGAGGAUGAAAGCAGCAAGAAUGAUUCAGCCCAACCUGUUACUAUCUCUCUUACCUUUAAAAGAUAUAUUUUUGACACACAGAAGAAAAUGAUUCAAUCCUGAGAAACAAGAGAGGCCUUUGAUUACACCUUAAAGUCCAGACCUUGAAAUGCAUUGAGGUGGAAUGUGUUUCUUGUCCAAACACAUUAGACCUGUUCCUUCCUCACAAACAGAGCCUGGAAACUUGUGCUGACUGUGACCCCUUCCAAAAUCUCUGCAAUCUCAUAUUGUUCUGUUCAAAUUUGCUGAUUUUGUCAUCUCUGUGAUGUGCAUCUUUGUGGCAUCUCAGAGAAUCUCACCUGCCAGAUGAGCAGCCCUGGGUGUACAUUCUAAUUGCACUGAUUUCCUGGAUAAUUGUGUUGAAGCUUCUCUUGAUUUAGAAGUUUGCCACCAAGUCAGGAUGUGAAUUUCAUGUGACCCACAAAGUGAAGCUGAUUAUUCUAGGUGUACUUCCCUGGGCAAAGUGGGAGACAGAAGGCAUGCUGUUUAAUAGGUGAAAGCUAAAAUAGAUGUUUCACAUUCCUUCAGUUGCAAAUAUGUAAGAUGCUAUCUGAGAGAUGGUAUGGAUGUUUUUUAUAAAUAUGGUUAAUAUCUAGAAAUGUUUUUCAUAUUAAACAUAAUGAUCUGUGUAGCUGAGAGUCUUAAUUGUUCUGUUUGCUGUUCCAAAGGUUCAGAAUUUACCUUCAGUGACAUUUUUUGUAACUUUUUUGAUUUUCCUGCCUGUUCUGCAAUGAAUCCUAUUCCAAAACUGUUUCCUUUUUCCUUUUUUUUAUUUUUUUUGUAACCAAAAUGCCUUUUGUAUGUGAAAGAAAAAGUUGCCUCUGGAAAUAGUCAAGGGCUUUGUUUCAUUAAAAUAAUGAUAGAAGAUUGCUGCA